GUCACAUGAUGACUCCACAAAGCUUGAUCAAUCUCAGGGAAUUCGGGAUGCCUAUUUCAGAUUCCUUCUCAAGUCUCUCUCGUUGGGAUUCUAGAGCCUCGCGUGAACAAACGUCACAGUUUCAGUGACGUCGCUUGAUCGACGCUAACGUCGUCAGGGACUUUGUUCUAGUGAGCUCCUUGUUGUCGCCAGUAUUUUCUAGGUUCUGACGAGCAGCCUCGCCCACAUCCAGCGCGUGGAGAUCAGUCCAGUUCCUGCAGAUUCUGUUGGCUUACCUUUUUUUGGUUUAGAUUAUCGUUUUUGGCUCCUUGUCGGCUUCUUGCUGACAGAGCGUGAUAGGUCAGCAGUAGCUAAUCAUUUAGUUUCUAUCAGGUUCAAUUGAUAUUUCCUGCUGAAAUCGUCUGUCAAGGAUUCGUCUGCGUCCUUCUCUCCGUUCGCUCGGUAUUCGUCAGCUCUGUUACUCUUCUAGCUUAUGAUCCAAUCACAAGCGAGCAGACGUCUCGGGAGAAAGCUUUUGAGGUUCCUAACAACGCAACUGGACGUUCCCGGAGUAACCCGUUGAGGCGAUUGAGUUAGCAGGGUAUUUUUUAGAAUUCUAAAAAAUACCCGGAGUAACCCAUUGAGGCUCCUAGGAGCAAUCGGACGUAUUAGGAACCGCAGCAUCGAGCCACCAUGUCCUGGAUAUUCAAUCGAGGCAGCGGCGGCAGCGGGAAUUCUCCUUCGCCAGUCGCAUCCCCUGCUGCAGCCGCACGCUCCCCCGCAACCGGACUACGAUCCCCCAUGCCGUCAUCGUCCAGGCAACCGAUGCCAGGAGCGUCAACGCCUACGCAACCCUCGCCUGCCGUCCUAUCCCCAUUAUCUCCAUCCCGAGCCGGCGGAUCGCCGGUUGCUGCGUCGAUCCCCGACCCGCUGACGUCACGCGCGAUUCGGCUGGUGUACAAGGAUGACCAGGGCGUGUUUCGGAUGGACCCCGAGGCUGUUAGCGCGCUGAGGAGACUGCGAGGACCCCUCGGGGUUGUCGCGGUGUGCGGAAGGGCGAGGCAGGGGAAGAGCUUCAUACUGAAUCAGCUGCUGGGUCGCAGCAGCGGGUUCACGGUGGGCCCCACGCACCGGCCGUGCACGAAGGGCCUGUGGAUCUGGAGCUCGCCUGUCAAGGUGACGGCGCCAGACGGGUCGUCGUACCACCUGCUGCUGCUGGACUCCGAGGGAAUCGACGCCUAUGAUCAAACGGGCACCUACAGCACGCAGAUCUUCUCGCUGGCCGUGCUGCUGUCGUCGCUGUUCGUGUACAACCAGAUGGGUGGCAUCGACGAGUCGUCACUCGACCGCCUCUCCAUGGUCACUGAGAUGGCGAAGCACAUCCAAGUGCGCGCAUCCUCAGCCUCAGCAGCAGCAGCAGCAGGGUCGGCUGGUGGUGCUGGCUCGUCUACGUCCACACAAGAACUGGGGCUCUUCUCUCCCGUGUUCUUUUGGCUUCUGAGGGACUUCUAUUUCGACCUGACUGAGGACGGGCGGGUGAUCACCCCUCGGGAUUACCUCGAGACGGCACUCCAGUCCAUGGCCGAGGGCUCCGAGUCCGCACGAGCAAAGAACCAGAUCCGCGAGUCCAUUCGCUCCCUUUUCCCAGACCGAGACUGCUUUGCUCUCGUGCGCCCCAUCAGCAACGAGAAGCUGCUGCAGAAGCUCGACCACCUGCCGAUGGACCAGCUAAGGCCGGAGUUCAAGCAGGGGCUGGACGCUUUCACGCAGUCAGUUUUUGCGCGCGCUCGCCCCAAGAGGGUGGGCGGCACAGUUAUGACUGGGCCCAUACUGGCCGGGCUCACUCAGACUUAUAUCCAGGCGCUCAAUAACGGGGCUGUGCCCACCAUCCUCAACUCCUGGCUGAGUGUGGAGGAGACGGAGUGCCGCAGGGCGUUCGAGGCUGCACUGGAGGCGUACACGAGGGCCUUUGGGAACCCCGCCUCUGCUGAUGAGGACGACCUGAGAGCUCGCCACAGGGCAGCCCUGCUAGCAGCGGAGGCGGCGUUCAGAGAGGAGGCGGUGGGGGAGGGGCAGGCACGGCAAAAGUAUGAGGAGAAGCUGAGGGAGGAGGCUGGGAAGAGGUUCGAGGAUGUGCUGAAGCGGGUGGCAGCAGAGGCGGAGGUGCGGUGCACGCGGUUCCUAGAUGCCUUGGAGGCAAAGGUCAAGGGCCUGGCCAGGGGCCCUCCCCGGGCGGCUACUGCUGACGUGGUGCGUGCGCUGCUUGCUGAGCUGGCGGCGUACGAGUCGUCCAUGUCGGGUGCUGCCAAGUGGCGGUGCUUAUCUGCGUUCCUCGUUGCCAGCAUGCGCGGCCUUGUGUUGGACUCAGCCGAGAAAGAGAUUGCCGAAGCAAAGCAGCAAGCCUCGUCCGCACUCAAGGACAAGCAAGCCGCCGAGGCUCGGGCCUCCGCCGAAGCUGCGGUGGCGGCUCGGGAGGCCGCUGCAGCUGAGGACUGGAAGAAGCGGGUGGCAGCAGUGGAAGGACAGCUGGCGGACGCUCAUAGGCUGGUUGGGGAAGGGAGGGAGGAGAGGGAGAGAAUGAGAAAGGAAGUUGAGGAGGGGAGGAGGAGGGCGGAGGAGAGGGAGAGGGAGUGUGCGGGUUUGAGGAAGGAGGUGGAGAGAGUGAGGGAGGGAGGGGAGAAGGAAGUGAGGAGGGCGGCUGGGGAGGCUGAGAGGUUAAAGGGGCAGCUGGAGGAGGCGAAGAGGAGGGUAGGGGAGGAGCAGGGGGAGAAGGUGAAGUGGAGGGAGAUGUACGAGAAGGGGAUGGGGGAGGGGAAGAGGGAGGUGGAGAAGGUGGUUGGGGAGAGGGAGGGGUUGAGGGCGGAGGUGGAGAGGGAGAGGCAGAGGAGGGAGGCGGAGGUGGCUGCGAUUCAGAAGGACAAGAACGCAUUGGAGCAGCGGCUGCGAGCAGAGGCGUCAAAAGCAGCGGACGAGGCUACUGAGCUGAAGAUUCAGCUGGAGUCCCAGGCAGCGCGGCUGGCAGCAACGGAGAAGGCACUGGUAGAGGCAAAGGCGAGGGAGAGGGAAGUUGAGGAGAGCAUGCGAGAGGCGACCAGGACGGCUGGCAGUGCGAGCAAGAGCGUGCAGGCUGCUAGAGAGGCGAAGGCAGCGGCAGAAGCAGCGACAGAGAAUAUGGAGCACCAGCUACGUCAGGCUGAGUCAGCACGCACCUCCGCUGAGCUGGCAGCUCGGCGCGAGGCUGAGCUGGCCCGCCAGGCUGGCAUCCGCGCUGACUCAGCAGCCAAGGAUCUCCAGAUGGCGGUGGAGCAGGUACAGGCGGCCCAAUCAGCAGCAGAGGCGGCAGGAAAGAGGGCGGAAGCUGCGGAGGGGAGAGCGAGGGAGGUCGAGAGGGAGACAGAGCAGUUGAGAAUGAGGGUAGUGGAAGGGGAGGAAGAGGGGAAGGGGAGGGCUGAUGCGCUUUUGAGAGAGUGUGAAGAGCUGAGAGGGGAGGUGGGGAGGAGGAAGGAGGAGGUAGGGGAGACGAUGGCGAUGCUGGCAGUGUUGGAGGAGGAUGAAGAGGCGGGGAGGAAGAGGAAGAGGGCGAGACUGGGGGCGGCUGCUGCUGGUGCAGGUGCUGCUGCUGGUGAGGGCACUUCGGCUGGUGGGGAUGGAGGUGCCUCUGAUGCAGGUUUUACUGGUGCAGGUGCUACUACUGGGGGUGCUGCAGGGGCGGGAGAUAGCGCUGUGACGGGUGAUGCUGCAGAGACAACAGCAGGAGAAGGCAGCAAGCGGAGAGGCAGGGGUGCAGGCAAGAAAGCACCUGCUGCUGCUGCUGCUGGGGCAUCUGCACCCGCGGUGCCAGCGGUGGGAAGAGGAGGAGGAGCAGCAGCAGCAGCAGCAGCAGCAGCAGCAGGAGCAGCAGUAGCAACAGGAGGAGUUGCGGUGGCGCCCUCGCCUGCAGCAUCAGGCAACACGGGAUUCGAGUCAGCCCAGGCAACAGGGCAGGGCAGCGAGAUGGAUAUGGAUACUGAGGGGGCUUCCUUUGGUGGCGUGUUUGGCACAGGGGGGAAGGGGGGCACCGAGGGGGAUGAGGCGGAAAGCAGUAAGGCAGCCAAGGGGAGGACAGCGGGAGGGAGGAGUAGGAGGGGUGGGGCAGCGAGGAGAGGGAGAGGGAGGGCAGCUCCGGGGGUGGGGGCGGUGACAGCUGCUGACGUGGCGGGGGAGUCUGACGUGGCGAAGAGGCGGAGGGAGAUAGCGAUGAAAAUGACCAAGAGCGAGCUGAAAGAUGUGUUGACGGACCAUGGGAGGGGGCUGGAUGUGCUGGAGCUGAGGACGCCCACCAAGGGUCAGCUGGUGGAUCUGUAUGUGAAGUUCGUCCCUGGAGUUGGUGACAAGAAGUAGGUGGCAAUAGUUGCUGGUGUGACUGGGAUGGGAGAUUGAGGAUGAAGAGUGAGCUGAGGGAUGUGCUGACGGACCAUGGCAGGGGGCUGGAUGUGCUGGAGCUGAGGGCGCCCACCAAGGGGCUGCUGGUGGAUCUGUAUGUGAAGUUUGUGCUGGGAGUUGGUGACAACAAGUAGCUGGUGCGGCUGGGAUGGGAGAGGGGAUGGUGUGGGUGGGAUGGGAGAGGGGGAUGGUGGGGCUCGGAUGGGAGAGGGAGAUGGUGUGGUGUGGCUGGGAUGGGAGAGGGGGAUGGUGGGGCUCGGAUGGGAGAGGGAGAUGGUGUGGUGUGGCUGGGAUGGGAGAGGGGGAUGGUGGGGCUCGGAUGGGAGAGGGAGAUGGUGUGGUGUGGCUGGGAUGGGAGAGUUGGUGAUGGCAGAACAUGGGAUGCCUGAUGGCAGAACAUGGGAUGCCUGAUGGCAGAACAUGGGAUGCCUGAUGGCAGAACAUGGGAUGCCUGAUGGCAGAACAUGGGAUGCCUGAUGGCAGAACAUGGGAUGGGGCUGGAUGUGUUUGAGUUGAGGAUACCUGUGAAGGAUCAGCUGGUGGAUGUGUAUGAGAUGUUAGCGGCGGAGCGGUUGAUGCGAGAGAUUUUCGUCGUGAUGCGAGAGAUUUUCGUCGUGAUGCGAGAGCUUUGGAAGUGGAGUCAGAUUGUCUAGUUCAUUGUCUUCUGUGCUAGUUGGAGUUAGAUAUCUGUGUGCAGUGCGCAUGAUUGUUUAGCAUCGAGUGCAGCGUGGAUUUUUCUGAUGGGUGGGUCUAUCAAAGUUUGGGUUGGAGUGAGAAACGUUGUCUGAGGGAGUACAG